AUGAAGCGCACAGCCGGCGGAUGGGUGAAAUGGCAAGGAAGAGAUGGGUCCAACACCGUACUGUACGUUCGAACGGUCAGGGAUAUCGAAAUGUAUUUGAACGUUUUAAAGGUGGAGAAAACAUUGAAAUCGAUUGGCGGAGGCCUUACUAGCGCAAACAGCCCAAACCGGGAUGCUGGGCGGACGCGGAAAGUCGGCGUGCUGAUUGGGUGGAAAUUCGUCGGGUGGGUGAAUUCUGGUUGGGCCGGCCGAGUGGCAGCUGCGUGGAAGUGGGAGUGGGACUUUGGGAGUGUGGUGGGAGAAAACUUGUUGGCGCCAGUGUUACUACUAGCGCGGUAUGCGGCCCGUAAGACCUUAUGCACUCCGCAACACUUGAGAAACGGCCCUGCACAACUGUCCUGA